AUGUUUGGAAGAACAUUCAGUGUUAGAUUGCAGGCAUUGCGGGUCUCCCGAAGAAAUUUCUCGCUCACGAGAUCAGCAUUAGUAGGACAGAAUGUGAUAGAGAAAAUCGUACAGAAGUUUUCUGUUGGACUGCCAAAGGGAAAGAAGGUGCACUCAGGGGAUUAUGUCACAAUCCAGCCUGCUUAUGUCAUGACUCAUGACAAUUCUUGGCCGGUGGCUUUGAAAUUUAAAGGUCUUGGUGCCAAGCACGUGAAAAAUAACAGACAGAUCGUGAAUGCUUUGGAUCACGACAUUCAAAAUAAGUCGGAGAAGAAUCUCACAAAGUACAGAAACAUCGAAAACUUUGCCAAAAGUCAAGGCAUUGACUUUUAUCCUGCUGGAAGGGGAAUUGGACAUCAAGUCAUGAUCGAGGAAGGAUAUGCUUUUCCAGGCACUUUAACUGUUGCUUCAGACUCACACUCAAAUACGUAUGGUGGUAUUGGUGCUCUUGGAACACCGAUAGUGAGAACAGAUGCAGCAGCCGUUUGGGCAACAGGCCAGACGUGGUGGAAAGUUCCUCCAGUUGCAAAGGUUAUUCUUAAGGGUACACUUCCUGCCGGAACCAGUGGUAAGGAUGUAAUUGUGGCUUUAUGUGGUCUUUUCAACAAGGAUGAAGUUUUAAACCAUGCCCUAGAGUUUUCAGGUGAUAGAUUAGAUCAGCUUCCGAUCGAUUACAGGCUAACGAUCGCCAACAUGACCACCGAAUGGGGUGCAUUAUCCGGGGUGUUCCCUGUGGACCAGACGCUUAUCAAAUUCUAUCGUGACAGAUUGCAGAGGCUUGGACCUAAUCAUCCAAGAGUCACAGAGAAGAGGAUUGAUGAGCUUGAGCGUAAUCCAAUUCGUCCAGAUGAGGAUGCCUACUAUGACAAGACUCUAACGAUCGACUUAUCUACCAUUGAGCCAUGCGUUUCCGGACCUAACUCUGUGAAGAUAAGCAACUCAGUGUCCAAAUUGUCUGGCGAUAACAUCAAGGUCAACAAGGCAUACCUUGUUUCGUGCACGAACUCGAGAUUGAGCGACAUUAAGAGUGCUGCUUCAGUCGUCAAGGGCCACAAGGUUGCACCGGGUGUUGAAUUUUAUGUUGCAGCAGCUUCUUCACUCAUCCAGAGGGAUGCUGAAGCUUCAGGAGCCUGGAAGACUCUUCUUGAUGCAGGUGCUAUCCCACUUCCGGCCGGUUGUGGUCCAUGUAUUGGUCUAGGUGCUGGAUUGUUAGAACCAGGUGAAGUGGGAAUUUCCGCCACGAACAGAAACUUCAAGGGAAGAAUGGGAUCACGUGAUGCACUUGCAUAUUUGGCUUCUCCCGCUGUUGUUGCAGCCUCUGCUGUUUUGGGCAAGAUUGGAUCUCCCGCUGAGGUUCAAGGUCUUCCAUGCCCACCGGAACAUCACGUGAGUACAUCUAUCAUGGUGAAUGACAAACCAGCAGAGACAGAAUCAGCAGAUAAUUCUACAGCUACCGCCGGACAGGUUUUGGACGGAUUCCCAGAGAAAAUUACCGGUGAAAUCGUUUUCUUGGACUCCGAUAACAUCAACACGGAUGGAAUAUACCCGGGAAAGUAUACCUAUCAGGAUGAUGUUCCAAGAGAAACCAUGGCCAAAGUGUGUAUGCAGAAUUACGAUCCCGAGUUUGGAUCCAAGACCAAGGCUGGCGAUAUUUUGGUUGCUGGCUACAAUUUCGGUACUGGUUCUUCCAGAGAACAAGCUGCUACUGCGAUAUUGGCCAGAGACAUGCCUAUGGUUGUGGCUGGAUCAUUCAGCAAUACAUUUGGUCGUAAUGCUAUUAACAAUGCUCUUCUUACCCUUCAGAUUCCAGAGCUCUUGGCCAAGCUUAGAGAACAGUACAAGAAUGAAAAGAAGUUGCCUACGAGAAGAACUGGAUGGAUUUUCAACUGGGAUGUUCCAAAAUCGGUUGUCACAGUGAAGAAUGCUUCUGGAGAUGUGAUUUUGAAGCAGAAAGUUUCUGAGGUCGGCCCUAACUUACAGGCAAUCAUUGUUGAAGGUGGCUUGGAAGGAUGGGUCAGAGCAGAGUUGAAAAAACAGUAA